AUGAAUACCUCCUUCUUUCGGUCGAUUCACGGAGUCGAGGGCCACACGAACUUCGCGUUCAGGCUUAACCUCUUCACCAUCGUCGUCGUCUUGGGAUGCAUUCUGACGGCUUUGACCAUCUACGCGGUUUCGAUGAUGUCCCGAACGUACUAUUCACGGAAAAUUGUUCAUGGUUAUCGGUAUAUCCAUAUUAACAUCUUCACUUCUUUUAUGUGGAUGCAGACAGCCGUGAGUUUGUACAAAUUUGAGCUCGAGCGGCGUUUACGUUUUCUAUCUCUAUUUUUAUCUUUCUACUCUACAAUUAUCUUUGCCCACGUAGAACAAUCUUUUCAGAACCUGUGCUUCUUCAUCGUCGACACUCUCGUCUUCGUCCUUCCGGCCACUGGUCUCGUCACUUCCCUCUGCGCCUCCGUGGCCCCCAAUCACUUUCUGAAGGCUGUCUACCUUCUUCAACUCUUCUUCAGUUAUCAAUCAAUGUUUUACACGUUGCUCUUCUGUGUCGUCCGAGUCCUCGUUGUCAGCUUUCCGGAAAAACAUCAUGAGGUUAGUCGUCUGAUCUUGACGUCAUUCCAAUUGUAUCAUAGAUCUACUCUCGAUUCAUCAAGUGGUUCAUCCUGUUCGCAUCGACAUUCCCGGUUCUUGUCGACUUCUUCCUGUUCCCAGCUCUCGGUUACUGUCGCCACUACAUUGCUCCAUUCGAAUCCGCCGCUUUCUUCAUUUCGUACUCGCAAACUCUGCUCAACAUCCGUAUAGACUACGUCCAUCUGUCGCUCUCCUUCGCAUUUCCAAUUGUUAUUCUGCUUCUCAACGGUUGUCUCGCGUGCCGAAUUCAGAAAGCUAAGAAGAAAUCGCAGUGA